GUUCCGAGGCCAACUGAAGAAGCAUUUUUACAGUUGUACAGUAGCCUAACGAGGUUCAGGAUUUGCACUUCGCAAAUGCAAAUCGGUGCAAAGCGAGAUUGGAGCCAUGGCAUCAUCGACACAGGGAGGAGUUGGAGCAGUAGUAGUCUCAGUUGCAGUGUUGUUGUUAGCCGGGAUCGCUUGCUGCUAUGAAGAGGACGGCACUUCGGAGAGUUUUUUGCACAUGACCACGGAUCUGGAGCAUGAAAAUCUGUUGUUGGAGCAGUUUGCAGCGUGGGCGCACAAGCACGGCAAGGCUUACCAUGAUGCGGAGCAGUGUUUGCAUCGGUUCGCGGUGUGGAAGGACAACCUAGCUUACAUCCGCCACUCGGAGACCAAUCGGACCUACUCGCUGGGUCUGACCAAGUUCGCCGACUUAACUAAUGAGGAGUUCCGGAGGAUGUACACGGGGACGAGAAUUGAUCGCUCCCGCAGGGCGAAGCGCCGCACGGGUUUUCGUUACGCGGAUUCCGAGGCGCCUGAGUCGGUCGAUUGGCGGAAGAACGGCGCUGUGACUUCCGUCAAGGAUCAAGGCUCGUGCGGAAGUUGCUGGGCUUUUUCAGCUGUUGGAUCUGUUGAAGGUAUUAACGCAAUCCGAAAUGGAGAGGCUGUGUCUCUUUCCGAGCAGGAGCUGGUUGACUGCGACUUGGAGUACAACCAAGGGUGCAACGGUGGUCUCAUGGAUUAUGCCUUCGAUUUCAUUAUUCAAAAUGGAGGCAUUGACACUGAGAAAGACUAUCCUUACAAAGGUUUCGAUGGUCGCUGCGACAACAGUAAGAAAAACGCCCACGUAGUCACCAUUGAUGGUUACGAAGAUGUUCCAGAGAACGAUGAGGAGGCACUGAAGAAGGCAGUUGCAGGCCAACCUGUCAGUGUUGCCAUAGAAGCUGGAGGUCGCGAUUUUCAGUUGUAUGCUGGGGGUGUUUUCAGUGGAGAAUGCGGCACCGAUCUUGAUCACGGAGUCCUCGCUGUAGGUUACGGCACUGAGGAUGGCGUGGACUACUGGAUUGUGAAGAACUCAUGGGGAGAGUACUGGGGAGAGAGCGGUUACCUCCGAAUGAAGCGAAACAUGAAGGAUUCUAACGAUGGGCCUGGGUUGUGUGGUAUAAACAUUGAACCUUCAUACGCCGUGAAAACUUCUCCUAACCCCCCAAACCCUGGACCUACUCCUCCAUCACCUACACCGCCUGAAGUGAUUUGUGACAAAUGGCGCACCUGUCCUUCCGAGAACACAUGCUGCUGCACCUUCCCCAUGGGCAAGAUGUGCCUCGCCUGGGGUUGCUGCUCCAUGGACUCUGCAACUUGCUGCGACGACCACUAUCACUGUUGCCCUCACGAUUACCCUGUUUGCAAUUUGGCUGCCGGCCUUUGCGUCAAGGGAGAACACGACAAGGAAGGGGUUGCGUUAAUGAAGCGGACUAUGGCUCACUUCAACUGGCAAGGUAACUUCUAAGAGGUUGGUUGCAACAUCCAUCUAAAGAUUGGAGUUUGUAGCCCUUAAUUACUGAAGAGCUGCCCAAAGAAGAUGGUUGCAUUACCUUGACAAAUCUGUUAGAGGAAUACUGUACUGUACAUAGCCCCCAGCUUGACGUGAGGCAAGCUCCUCCUCCGCAAUGCAGAUUUGUGGACUGAAAAUGUACAUUCCUCUUUAUUUCUUCUGAAGUAUAAAAUGUUGUAGUGCCAGGGAAGAUCGAAAAGUUUCGUUACCUCAGGGUUGACGUACCUCAAAGGAUUGAGUUAUGUCUACAAGUUUAUGAGUAUGACAAUCCUCAUUUGUGUGAUGAAAGUAUGUGGCCUCAUGAGUUCUCUGGAGAAUGUUGAAAGGUGUAUUUUUCCAGUUUAUGUUAUAAAAAUUCACGUGGUAAUAAUUACAUACA